ACAAAUGCAACUAUGGACGAGGAGACCUAUUUUGAGAGCAUCCUUUCAUCGCUCCGGAAACCUCAGAACACCAAGAGACUCAUGCAAAUCCUGAUAGCCCUCCGGAAAGCAGUGAACACACCAAACCACCAAGCCCGGAUACAGAUGAUCAAGAGACACAACUGCAUCAAGCCGCUUGUCAAUUACACUCGGUAUGAUGGUAACAUCAAAGUAGUUGAUUUGGCCCUGAGCAUUCUGGGGAAUUGCUGCAUGAACAAUGUCAUAGCCAGGCUCACAAUAAACGAUUUGAAUAUUUUGCAUAAUUUGAAUCGAGUAUUGGAGAAACACAAGACGGACAGCAUUGAAGGGAGGGUCUUCAGAAUAUUGGGGAAUUUGUGUGAUGGCUAUCAGCCGUGGAAUCUACUGAAGAGGGAACCUGAUGUGGUGAAGAAGGUUCUGCAAUUUUUGCAGGGCUUUGAAAUUGAAAAGAUACAGACACAGAGGGAUAAUGAUGAGGAAGAAUCAAAUGAUGGCAUCACUGUACCAACAAUCUCUAUGGCUUUAAGGUUUAUCAGGAAAAUGUUAGUUAAGGAUACUUUUGAUCAGUUGGCCAAUGAGCAUAACCUAAUCAAAAUAGUGGGCGGAGCUUUAAUCAAAUGCUCGAACUUCUGGCUGCAGGAUAACAGCAACGUUGUUUUAAUCAACGAUGUGUUAAAAAUAGUGCAGAUUUUGGCGUCUUCCAUGUUCGAGCAUCACGAUAUUAUAAUAGAGUUAAGGAAUACGGCGGAUGGAAACGCGUUGAAUUCGUUUGGUGAUAUUAUCCUGCUGAAUCCGGAGAGGAUAGUGAAGAUUAUUUUGAAAUACGCUAAAUUAUCGAAACAUCAGUCGGAUUUACCUAUAGAAUUAGUGAUAACAAAGUUGAUAGAUGUCGUUCAACUGGAUGGGGCUUCCACGAAUAAAUUGUAUUUGAGCUGCGUGUGUCGGCUCAUGGAUCACAUUGGCUUCCACGACAAGUUGAAGGAGAACAUAAAUCGCCUAGUCGAGUUGUUCAAAGGAUUCGAUUUGAACAACGACUAUUCGAUACAGUGCUGCACUUAUAUAUGUUCAAUACUCAACAAGAGCAAAUACAAUGAAACCUUGAUUAAGUAUCAAUUGGCAGCGAACAUCGUUGAUAUCAUAAUUGACAAAUUGGAAGUUCUAACUGGAAAGUCCACCAGUAAAUUCAUGGUGGUAAAUCACGAGCGAAGAAAAUCGUUUAGCAGUUACAAGAACAACAAGAGGUUCAAACGAAAUGAAUUGGAGGAUGAUAAGUAUUUAAGUAGUUUGUACGAUGCGAAAAGUUUAGAUCGCUGCGCUAGUCCGAGUUCCUGCAGCGACAUCUCAUCGUGCGGACCAUUCUCUCCUGCACCUUCCGGUCAUAAUAUAUGCGAUGAUUCCGAUUCGGAUAAUUAUUCACCGUUGUGCAGCGAGAACGAAUGCGACGAGGAUUAUAAGGUUCUGAUACCGAACGAUGAUCUGGUGAUGUCCGACAACGAGGAGAACAAACCAUCGUAUAAUCACGAUCAGGUCGAGUUGAGGUGCAGAUUUAGGGACGAGAUGAGUGCGCUGCUGAAGAUCUAUUGCACGUUGAAACCGGUGUGCAUGCAGCUGGGAAAUCCAAAACUGAUAACAGUUUUAAUAAAUAUCGUGUUGGAUGUUUCGCCGGUCAAGGGAAACUGCGACAACGUAUUGUCUGUGAUCCUUUCCAUAGCCAACACCAGGGAAUUCUUAAUUCCGUUGAUGAUCUCUGGCAUAAUAGCGCAGAUCUACGAGAUUAUGGAAACGAGACAUGGAUCCGAAUGCAGAGACUGCGAGAGCAUCAGAGUUAAAGUUGAUGAUAUUAUGGCCAAGUUCUUGUCCGUCGGACAUUCCGAGAGUAUUCGCGGCGAUAUAGCUCACAUGCUAUUGAAGACGAGCAAGACUGACGUUAAAGAGAGAUUGGUACUUGCCAUUCCUUAUAUUUUAAGGAAUAAUCACACGUUAAACAAAUUAUUGCUAAAGUGCGGUGGCUUGACCAUAUUAAUGAAGCUGUUGGGCGACAAAUCGAAUAUGAGUUUGCAGGAGGAAACCAUAAAAUCGGUGUGCGCUUUGGCUACAGAUAGCUUGAAAAUCAAAAAUCCUGUGGUUAAAAAGUCUGAAAAUGAUGGUCCUAAGAUAAUAGUCAAAGCGUACAGGAUGGAGAAUCCAUGCGAGAAUUUAGUGAAAUUCAAAUUGGAGGACGGCAGUUUCGUGGAGGCCGACCGAGACGAGAUGAACAAGAUCUCGGACUAUUUCAGUACUCUGUUGAGCGGAUCUUUCAUGGAAUCUGGGCAAACGGAAAUCAACUUGAAGAAUGUGUCGAAAGACUCGCUGAGUUGUCUGUUGCAGCUGCUCAAACUCGAUGUGAACUUCUCCGUUAAAGACUGGGGCGUUUUUGAGUUCGAGUACGAUCUGGAAACGGUUUUAGAAGUGAUUCUGCUAACCGAUAGAUUCCUUUUACCCAAACUGCAUUACGUCUUGAUCGCGCAUAUGGAGCAGGCGAUCUGCACCAGUUCCGUUCCUUCCAUAUACAGAUGGUCGAUAGAAUCUGGAACGAACAUACUGCGGGUGGAGAGUGUGGCCUUCGCUUUAGUCGGUGAUAUUAGCUACAAGAAACGCUUGGAAAUGUUCAACAGUUUAUUCGAAAUCGGCUAUUUCCUAGAACUGCUCGAAGAUAUCGAAAAGUUGAUCACGCAAUUUUUAUAAAUGUGAAAAUAAUUUACUCUUAUUUUUAAUAAAUUAUUG